GUCGUCCUCGACAGCUUGUGCGGCAGUUUUGUCAUCAUCCUUCUUCUCUUCUUUGCUGCCCUGUGGCCAUAAACCAAUGCGGCUUAGAAUACCUCCAUUACUGGAAGCUUCGUUGCCUUCGGGUUGCAAUUCUGCAGUUGCCCUGGCCUCCUCGGCCCGCUGGGCCUGGACCUGCUGCCUCUUUUUCUCGAGUCUCGCACGCAUGGCCUUUUCCUCCUCAUCUCGAGCCUCGAGCUCACGAAUCCACUUUUGUCGCUUCUCUUCAGCAUCCUUCUGCUCCUGGAGCUGGCGGAGCUCCUUGCUCUUCUCGCGGUCUUUCUGGUAAUACAUGCUGCCGGCCAGCAUGGCGAAUACGGUAAAUCCCUGGGCUGCAACUCGGGCUCGGAACAUGCGGUUCGCCUGUUUUGAAUCGCCACGGCGGAGAGCUCGGUAGGCAUUGAUAAAGGCGAGAGUGGUCAGGCCCAUUCCUAUAGCUAUUAGAAGCUGUCUCGUGCGGCAAAUAGUCCGAGGUGUUUUCUAUACCGAGGGGGAUCAAUGGCUCCUCCUUGAUCUUGCGGAGGACCUUUUGCAUUGGUCUUUCAUUCUGAAGUUCCCUGGACUAUCGCAUGAGCGGGGACUGUACGGUAUAGCAAGCUGGAAUUGAAGCAUACUGGUCGCCGUCAAAGGACGAGGGCAUGGGGCCCGGGAGGGAAGGGGGUGCAUCAGCCAUUGUGUUGUUAUAAAGCCUAAUCGCUGGCGCAGAAGUAAGAGUUGAAUUCGUGAGGAAGUGGGCUGAGGAUUUACAGAGGUACCCUACCCAUGGUCGCAUCCAUAUCUGUACAAGCAUCAUCACUUUUCUCGCUGACGGGUGGGCUCCGCUAUUCAAGUACCUACGUACCUUGCCCGACGCCCGAGUCCAAGCACCAUCGAUCGGCCUUUCCGUGUUUGGCCUAGCCGCUGCUCCACCGAAACUUCACAGCUCUGAUCGCAUUAAUGAGCUUAUUGGGAUGCAAUGCACCCGUAGCUUUGUCAUCAUCAGAAACAGAGAACAGAUUUGUUAUUCAUUCUAGUAUCGCCUUACGAACGUACUGUACCUCACUACCGAACAGAAACGACGACAGACGCGAAUCCGACCCGAUCUAUCCCUCGACAGUCACCGUCGAUCGACUCUACGACUUUCAACUUCCCCUGACACGCCUAGAUUCAGCAUCAUGCAAUAUCCAUGAUAUAGCCCACGAUGUGGUUGCCGACGCCUUCCGUCGAGAGUAUUACCCGGCCGCGACUGGCUGUGGCCGUAGUUUCUGCUGUGGCCGCGCUCUCGGCCGGAUACUACGCAUAUCAGGUCCGGUCGCAAAGUUUCGAGUCUCUGCCUGGUGGUGGUCUACACAGAAGCAACGCAGUACGACGUCAACGCCGGAAUCGGAGAAACGAGGAUGGCUCAAGUUCCUCAUCCGAGGCUCCGGGUGACGAAAACGCCAAUAUUGAUCCAGUUCAGCCCCUUGGCGAUGGAGAGACCGUAGUUGAUGGCGGGGACGAGUGGUGGAACGAUCCCAGCGGUUUUCCUUCUAAUCAACGAACUGGCCACAACAUCGUCACCCUUCUCUUUCGCGUUUCAGAGGACAAUGCACGCAGAAAUGGAUGCGUCCACAGAGGCUGCCAAUGCAAUUCAUGUGGCAUGGUUCCCAUCCGCGGGGUUCGUUACCGCUGCGCAAACUGUGCCGACUUUGAUCUUUGCGAAACUUGCGAAGCCCAGGGAGUUCACAUCAAGACUCAUAUCUUUUACAAAAUCCGAAUCCCAGCACCGCCGUUUGGUCCGCGACAAAUGCAGCAAGUUUGGUAUACCGGGGACCCAGACACUUGCCGACGGACUCUGCCCCGCAGUUUGAUACCCAAGCUGUCACAAGAUACAGGAUUCGAACGGCCAGAGUUAGAGGCUUUCUGGGAACAAUGGACUUUUAUGGCUAACUCGGAAUGGAGAGAUGACCCCGAUGAGCUGUGUGUCGCAAUGGAUCGGAAGACGUUCGAGCGGUGCCUUGUUCCUACAGGAGGCUCCCGACAUGCCGCACCAAACCUUAUCCACGAUCGAAUGUUCUCUUUUUACGACUCUAACAACGAUGACUUGAUUGGCUUCACAGAAUUUCUCCAUGGAUUAUCAUACAGAAAGCGAAAGGAUAAACUGCGGAAGAUAUUCUCUGGCUAUGAUCUGGAUGGCGAUGGGUACGUUGAUCGCAAAGACUUCUUGCGCAUGUUCCGCGCGUAUUAUGUUCUAUACAAGCAGAUGCACAAAGAUAUCUUAGAUGGCCUUCAGGAUCAGCUACUCGCCAGCAGCGAAGCUCAACAGCUCGUCACCAGUCGUCAACCACUGAGCAGUCUGUUCGGACGCGAGGGUCGAGUCCCUCCUGGUGAAGGACAAUUCCGGCACGAGGGCAAGACAUAUCAACGAGAUGGCAGUGUGGAUAUUUCUGAAGGGCAUGAGCACGUUGUUGCGCCAGAUCGCGGGGAUACAGCAGCCCGCGGCGAUAUUCUAACGAACUUGUUUGCCUGUGAAACUGAUCAUCGAUUCCGGUCCAGAAGGCAGUUCAUUACCAGAAACGAUACAGAUAGCAACUGGAGAACAGUUCGCCGUUUGAGUGGGAGUGAGACCGAUCGUACUUAUUGGGUUACGCUAUUGGAACCGGCAUCCACCUUGGAGGAGCUUCCAGGCCUCAUAAUGGAGACUUUGAAUCCUGAGAUUGAGGAGCCUACAGAUGAUGAGGAUGAUGAGGUUGAUGGUGACAGACCUGCAGAUGGCCUGAACGGGACCCAUGAUGAGGAAAAUGAGACUGGAGGUCCUUCACGAACGGAAAGUGAGAUCAGAGCCGAGACCAUUGCUAAGGAUCGCAGCAGGGCCCCUAGACUGGAUAAACGUAAAAGAGACAUGGCACGGAAUCAGCUACAUGAGCGAUGGAAGAGGCGGCAGUUUUAUCUCGACGAGGAAGAAGGAGGCCUUGCCCCUGAUGACUGGGCAGGCAGUGAAGAUAUUCUGAUGGAUCUUCGCCAGAUGGAUGAAGCCUCUAGUGACGACGAAGAAAACGACUCUACGACGACACCGACUAGCUCAAAGGUCAGAUUUGCCAACGGAAAUCUCACUGAUGACGAAGACCAUGAUAAAACGACAUCUCCUAGCAGUGCCUCUGAGCACGCCCCGCGAUGGAGAAUACCUCACGCCGAGCGCGAUGCUGGCAAGGAGAUUCUCUACCAGGUCACUCAGCAAGCAUUUAAUGAGUUGCUUGAUACCAUUUUUAAGCCGGCUGAGGAUCUUGCUGUGCAAGCAGCUGAAACCAAAGAACAACGGGCAAAGUACAAGGACGUACUAGACACCAUCGAGCCUAGCGAUGAUGAUAAGUCUAAGGCUACAAGUCAGGGUGACUCCAAGGUUAGAUCCGCCGCUGAUAAGACCCUUGAGGAGCUCUUGUCCGAAACUGGAUAUACUAUCGCCUUACCAGAGGGACGAAAUGCCAUCGAGAUUGAUACUACGGUUGAAAUCAUCCAUGAGGAUGGAACGGCAGAGCCCGUUUCAGGGUCAGAAACCGAGGCAACCAUGCCAAUUUCUGAAGACGAAGAACAGGAUCCCACUCUUCCACAAUUCCGGCCCAACACACUCGAAGAUGUACCUACCUCUCCGGCUUACGUAUUCUAUCCCGUUACGCAGCCUUUACCAAACACGUCCGAGGACGACGUACCCAAAGAAGAGGAUGACAUCGAUAGCGCUCCCACAUCAGACAUGCUGCGACACUGGAAACGCCUAAGUCUUGCUGAGGCCCAGGCGAUCAAAAGAGGAGGGUGGGGUAAACUAAGCUUUGACGAGUUUGAGACCAUCUAUAAGAGCCAGGAGCAUCAGGGCAACAGACUCGAUUAUCUCGGAAGCUGGAUAGACUUUUGUAUACCUUAGGCACGGCAUUGAAACCGCUUUCGAACGCGUCCUGCCAGGGCUCCACAGUAAAUGUGUGCCUGGGUUGGUGUUCAUCCUUUUACAUUCGGGGUAGUUUGGGGAGAUUCUGCAUAGCAUCUGAAAGCUUUUAUGUGACAUAGCGAAAGGAAGAGAAUUGGCACAUAUCUAGCGUAGGACAGCGUGCGUAUGAUAGCGAGUAGGCAUGAUAUUUGCUACCACUAUGCCUAAUGUUGCAUGACUGCUCGUUUGCAGCAGAUACAAUAUCAUUUUUAAAAUCACACAACAAAAUAACACACACAAUAGAUCAAGCAUAAUUAUUAGCAAUCGAGUUCGUAUUAAAUCAACGCUGAAGUACUACUCGGAUAUGUUUGCUCAACUCGAGCCCCCUAUUCCACCCCCCAUGACCAGCAUGCACCCAUCGAUCGAUCAUCUCUCACAGCCCCUUCUCAAACCUGCUGCUGAGU